AUGGCUGGGAUGGAUCGAAGUCGGUGGGUAAUGCGCUCAGGCGUGUACGGGCGAGUGGAGAUUGCGGGAGUGGUGAUGGGGAUUUCGAUGGACGUUGAUGGCUUUGCCAAAGAUGCAGGUCGGAGUGUCCGAGCAGAACAGCCUGACGUCACGGACGCGAUUCGUUCUCGAUACCAGGCAGUCAAGCCUUCCAGCAGCAGCAGCAGCAGCAGCAACAGCGGCCUUGAAAAUGGAUCUGUGGAGUAUGUGGCACGCGGUGCAGGCGACGCGCUAUACCAGACUCUGGCGAAUUGCACUCAAUCAAGUAGCGAGGGCGCGCGCGAAGCACGACGUCGAGGUGGAUGUGAAAAGCGACAAGGCGCGAACCGAACGCUGUCAGUCGCACGACGCACGUUCGACUUGACUUGGCGUGGCUCGUGCGUCACCCGUGAGCUUGCCUUGCCUAGGGAUGUAAGGGCCCCCUGUAUCCAGGCUGUUAUCAGCGUAUUACAUAACUCCUCUAUGGGUGUAUACCAGGUCUCCGGCCGUAAAGGCUGUAUACACGGUAUAAUAUACAAUGUGUAUACCAUAUACUGGAUGUCUCGAGCUUGGCCCCUCAAGCCGCCCGUGCGCGAACAGGGACCGUGCUCAAAGUUGCUUGACGGUUCCUGCCUACCUACUAGUACGUCUAUUGAAUACACUUCCCGGCGCGCGCGGGCACUGACGGCCUUGGAACGCAUGUGCCUACAAACAUCCGUCUCGACCUCCUCCACCCCAUUAUGCCACGUCGCCAACACGAUCACGGUGCAUUCUGUGAUCCCCAGAGACCAGCGCCUGCUCUUCACAUACUUCACACAGCAGCACAUCAUGCUCGGUGGAGCGAGCCUCGUCAGUCUGCUGUGGGCUGCGACUCCCCGAGACUGCGUCGCCAGAACAAUGACAUUUGAGUCUUCUUUGACAUUUCACUUUAUCUCUUCGCGAAAGUACACAAUGACAUUGUCUUGGGUCCAGAGGCGAUCAAGGGUUGGUCCUGCAGGCGAGCUGCAAUAUAAGUAUUUGAUCAAGCCCGCUCAAGCCUUCUUGAUCCCGUCCAGCAGCAGCCAGACGCAAGAGCGCAUUAUUGGCAUUCAAUCGGCGCUGGCGCUGAUCAAACCUUCAUCGCCUGCAAUCGGUCGAAUUCUCUAUCAGACAGCAAGCUCAUUGCCACAUCCACUAUUCGCACGAUGCCGCUGGCUCGGUAUGUCGUACGUGGACUACGUGUAUCUUGCACCAACCAUUUGGCUCGCCAGUCGAAUCCUCACCUGCAGACUGGCAUUGCAUUUCUUCCAUGCAUUUCUUUUUGGCAAGAUGAACGGCGAUCAGUUCAAGAGAGUCUUUCUCGACCACUCGCAACCCCUUCCACCUCAGGAGAAAGCUAGGGUAGAAAGAAUAUUGACUCAGCUGGCGGAGUUGGUGACCAUUAUUUUCACCCGCAUGGAGAAGCCGUGUCACGACGCACAAACAAGACCAAAUGGAUCGUAUCGUCGAGACUCCUCUGGAACUAAAAGCAUCAUAGAACUUCCAACAUCUUUGCUGACUGAAAUAGACCUUGCAAAAUUACCCCCCGAAGCUUUGCUGCGUCGAUGGGCAAUUGGCGCUGUAUCGGUCGUGCACGAGUGUUCUCAUUGCCUCUCGAAUGCCGUCAUCGGGCCGGACUUGGAGCUGCGCUUCGAAAACGAUGAAUUUCAGGAACUAGGCUUUGCCUUUGAACAGUUCGUGCUCGGAGGCGUGCUUCAGCUUGAUCAUAAGGGCACAUCCAGAGAAAGUCUGAAUCUAAGGACUGUACCAACUCACGAACUUCAUGCUGUUGCAACCAACACGCCUGUGAUCGAGGAACUGAGGAGCAAAGUCCUCACCGUUAUUGAGGGCGAAACCCUGGUGCGCAUGUUUGACCAGAGUCGAUGCAAAGCAGAUCUUGAUCUUGCUCGGCCAGAACUCCAUAUUCACCAUGUCAUCUUCACCAGCAUCGGCCAAGUCAACUUUUUUCUCUCAAAAUUCGGACUGAAGCUUACUGAACGACCAAGCGUGCCGGAACCGAAUCAGAGGCGACUGCAAGCGACCAUCAACACACUUCGCGAGAUUGGAAGAUUCGAUCGACCUGACGCCUUGAAUCCUGAUGCAUGCACAUCGAUCUCCGAACUUCUCGAAGCAUGGGUUGCAUCACACCAGAACAUCGUUAUUACCCGCGCACACUUCAUCAACCUAGAAGAUGCCGAAUACCACCUCCUCAAGCCAGCCAUCAUCCUCUUCGAAAAGCUCAUAACCAGUCCACAAGCCCUAAAGUUCUGGUAUACCCUGCUAUACAAUUCUCGAAAAAAGAUCAAAGACAUCCAAAAUCUCUCCCGGCUCCGGAUUUUCCCUCAAAGCCAUCCUCUCUCCUCCAAACAAACCACACGCAUUCACAAACGCCUGAAAGAAACCUCACAACACUUCAUCACAAUCCUCUCUUCUCAAAACAACAUCGAACUCACCGGCGACGGCGUAACUUUCACUCUACGCGGGACUCGUUCAACUCUCGUGAUCAUAGCAAUAACAUUCUCAGCUCUAACCCUAGCCCUCUCAACAAAUUCCCUCCGCGAACUCCAAAAACAUUACCUCCGCGUGGCAUUAACACUAACUCACGAAUUCGCCCACGCAUUCCACCUCAUUCACAAUCCCAACGACUUAGAACCCUUCUUCAACGAUGACUCCUUCGCAGAGCUAGGGUUCGCGCUGUUGAAAUUUUUGCUCGGUGGUGAUGCCGGCUAUCAGAUUUCCGAGACACCUGGAUUCGUGGUGAGGCGAGUUGGGACACACGAGGUUUGGGAGAAGUAUGAGAAAGCGGGGACACCGUUUGCUAUUACCGAGAAGUUGCCGAGGAGGGAGCAGUGGAGGGUGUCUGAUGAGUGGGUGCAAAGGUUGUUUACUGAGAGGUUUUGGGAGGAAGAUGUUGUGAGGACGGAGGGCUUGGCAUUGGUGGUGGGCAAGAAAGGAGAGCAGAUCUCUGGAUCGUCUUUGUGCCAGAAAUAG